AUGGGCUUUAGAGCUGUUUUAAUAAUUGCGACAUGUAUUUAUUAAGGGAUUAGCGAUUGUGUUUUUGAUAUCAUAACAAAACCCGAUACAGAAUAAAGAAUAAUUGAAUAAGACUUAGUAUAUUCAGGAUCGAAAAAUUAUGGUUGGGGAGUUUGGACAAAAUAUGAGGCAGGAUAUGGGAGUCCGGAAGAAUUAACUAAAACAAUAUCAACUAUGCAUGUGUUGACUGAAAAGUAUUCUGAGCGAAUAGUGCUGUCCUAUUUCAUUGAAUUAGAUAGGGAUAAAUUAAUAUUUACUCACCAACUAUUAAUAUAGCAUGGAGGAAUAAUGCAAAUUAGGGAGUUGAAGACGGAUGCAGCGACAGUAAACAAGAAAUGGGUCUUUUUCUAUUUUUGUUAUAAUGAAAACUUGAAGUCUUACAGUAUGUUCCUUUAUGCAGAAGAUGAUACGUUUCAUGUGGGAAUGUCAACAGGGGGACCUUUUGGUGUAGAUGAUUUGGUGAAAGAAUAUUAUUUAGGCCAAAUCAUUAAUUUAAUAAAUCCAUUCGAUUCAUCAAUAAAUUACAAUUUAAGUGUGUUUAUCGGCUAGAUUAGCGAUAUGGACUUAAGAUAUGGGAUCUCCAGUUAUUACGGAGAUAUAGACUCCUUUUUAGCUAGUAUAGGAUCAACAGUUUGUGUAAAGAAGUAUGAGUGUUCUGGGACAACCAAGACAAUAAGUUUCGACAAUCUUCUUCUCAAUGAUUAAAGUGCUCGUGUCUUAUCGAAAUUGAAAUAUGAAAACCAUCGUUUCCUCAUAAGUGGAUGGAUCAAAGUGUCUCCGGUUCCUUUGUAUCAACAAAGAACCUUAGCUCUAUUCAGGAUAACUUUGAAGGGUAAAUACGAAGACGAUAGGUAUUAUGGGGAUCGAGCUUUGUUUUGGCAAUAUUUGCAAAAUGCAGAUCAACCGGAUUCAUCAGGAUUGAUUGUGACCACUUAUCAUGAGAAUACCCCUUUUAUCCCUUAUGAAACCAAUUAUGAUGAUAUAAUGAGUUAUUUGAGUUCAUAUUACAGCAAGGCAAUAACUGAAUGGCAUUGGUUUAUAUAUGAAGAAGGAAGAACUGAAAAUGUUUAUAAUAUAUAGAAUACUAUUUAUUGGGGAAAUGGAGGUCGCAACAUAAGAACAGAUGAAAAUCAUUUAUAAAAAACUCAUUUGAGCGAGUCAACUUUAUACAUGACUCUGGGAGGAGAUAAGUUCUAUAGUUUUUUUGGUCAAAUCUAAUAGUUUUAGUUCCAAUAUUGCCUUGUUGAUGACAACGAAUACUUUUUAAAAUGUCAUUACAGUUGUUAAAGUUGUUUUGGUCCAGCUGAAAUUCAUUGUAUUACCUGUCCUGAUGAAGAUACUACGAAUAGAGCCUACAAUCCAAGUCAGAGUAGUUGUGGAUGCAAAAACUCCUAUGUUGAGAAUGGAGAUAAGCAAUGCGUUAAAACCCAAGAGUACUUUUAGGAUAUCACUAUUCUUGAGGGGGAGAUAGUCAAUUCGAUUGCUUGUGGCUUAGGUUAGUUUUAUGUUUAGUUUGGCUAAAAGUCAUAUUGUGCUGAUUGCCCAGGAAACAGAGAGCCAGAUUUUCUGAGCAGAAGGAAAUUGUUUUGUGUUGAUUGUCUCAAUUAAUAGUAUCAUUGGUAAUCAAAUCCCACAUGCACAUAAGACUAUGAAUAACUGAUUACAAGUUAAACGAGUGCAUAUUAAAAGAAGGCCAGAAUACCUAUAGAUUACGAGUAUUUCCUUAUAAAUUUCAAUGCUGAAAUGAACAAGAUAGAAAUAGAACUAUGUGAAGGUUGUUUGGGAGAGACAACUGCGAAAUCUAACUAUAUUUUGAAGUAAAAAUUGGAUAAAGAAAUAAAAGUGGAAUGCAAAACGUGUUAUUUUAUUAUUGAUGGAGAAUGUAUUAAUGUUAAUAGCAAUUGUGAUUCUUGUGAUUAAGAUAAGUGUGUGGAAUGCUCAUUAGGUUAUGCACUUUAUUAAAAUGAAUGUUAUAAAUGCCCAGUUCUAUGUCCAAAUGAUUGUAUGUUUGAUGGAUCCAAAUUUGGGUGUUUGAAAUGUGACCUCGGUUAUUACUUAGACAAAGUAAAUAAUGAGUGUCUGUAAUGUGGGGCCAAUUGUAUAAUAUGUGAGCCUGGAAUACCUAUGGAUGGAACUUCUGUUGAAAUGAAGUGUUUUAAAUGCAUUGAUGACGUGGACUACUUUAUUGAUGCUGAUCAGAUCAAUUGCAAGCUGAAAACUAUGCCUCAUUGCAUCUAUCAAUAUCAAGAGUUCUAUUUUCGACAUUAAUUUUCGAAUGAUAGUUACCCGUUUCAUCUUUAAACAAGUUGGGAUUUCAAUUUUUCAAAGCCUUCAGCAUAUAGUUACUAGAGAUGUGCACUUUGUGAAAAAGGUUAUAUUUAUAGUUUUUACGAAUACGGAUCGGGUGUUGACAAGUGCAUGCUAAAGUCAGAAAUAACAGAUGCAGAUAUCCCACACUUUAAUACUCUUGACAUUGCUCCUGAACCUGAAGAUGAUCACUUCUAAAUUAUGUUGUAUCAUGAACAAACAAUCAGUAGGGGGUAUUUCUAGUAUUUUGUAAUGAUGCUUGGAGAUUAUAUGACAGCAACAUUAGAUGGGAAGUUAUAUAAUAUUCCUGUGAUGACUAACAUCGAUAGAAAAGUCAAAAAGAGUCUGGAUGUAACACCCUAAAAAGAGAAAGAUCUAUUACAAGAGUGUGCUACUAAAAAUUGCAGGUAUUGUAUCAAGAAUUAUGUGUGGUUUAUGGAAUAUUGUAUGAGUUGCAAUCAGGGUUAUUAUGCAGACAUGCUCUCUGGUUAAUGUUAUUAAUGUUUGGCUAAGUUGCAUUGUCGAACCUGUCAAUAACAACAUAAAGUAUAUAAGGAUGGGUGGAAAUGGAAAAUCAGAUCCUAUUUUCGUGCAAGAACUUGUGCAAACUUCUGUUUUACUAGUUUUAGUCUCAAGUGUGCCAGCACAAAUGCAGAUGAUUAUGAAGUCUAUUGCACUGAUUGCGAAGAUGGAUAUGAAAUCUAUUAAGAAAAAUGCAUUCCCAAGUGCAGUUGUUCUAAAUGCAUUGUGCAGAAUGGUCAAAAUGUUUGUGUUGAAUGUCCUUCAUCUUUGAUUAAUACAAAUUAGCCCAUUCAAACACUAAUCAACGACAAAUGCACUGAUUGUCCUGCCAAUUGUGCUUUGUGUAGAGAAUUAAAUGACGAUGAGAUCAUGUUAAUCAAUCCUUACUUUAACCCACAAUAUAGUCAACUUGCCAUCUAUUCCAAAUCCUGUAUCAAGGGCUAUGAACCUGACAAAACAUUGCUUCAGUACCAGUACAUCUAUCGUGAUCCCAUCUUAAGUACUCAGAUCUUAUGCAAACAAUACUAAAAAUGCUACUAAUAUUUGGAACAACAAUAUACGAUCUAUUGUAGUCAAGUUGAUUUUGAGAAUGAACUCGAUUCGGCUACUAACAGUAAUACAUUUCUCUACAAAAACAUGGCUUUAUCUCAAUUAUUCUCAUCAACUCAUUUUUCUAUUGAAUCUGAAAAGCUUUUCGAUCAGCUCAAUAAGAAAUCCAUCAAAUCAGCAAAGUAUAUUCUGAAUUUUAGAUACUACAAUGAUGAGCCUUGCAUUAUACCUCCCAAUUCUGUGAUCUUUUCAAAUCUUAGAAAGAACAUAUUUACUCUCCAAUAGUUAGAGAUUAUUUUCAAUGGAGACAUCACAAAGCAGACUUCCAUUCAAGGCACCUUAUCUCUUUAAGAUUUCUCUAAGAUCACAAUAUAGAAUUUUUAAUUUGUUUAAUCAUCUAAACAAACCCAAAUUGCUAUUUCUUAACUUGAUAGAGUCACUUUAAAUCUCGAAAACAUCAUCAUACAGGAUUCAGAUAAUUAUAAAUUUUAAUUCUAAAUCAAAGAUCCUCAAAUUAUUUCGAUCAACAAGUUUAAAAUUAUUAAUUCUAAAAUUGUGGACACUUAAGGGAUUGUUGCCUACUCAUUUAGCUAAUAAAUUACUGAUAGAUUUGAAUUAUAAGCCAAUGAUAUCACACUUAUGAAUUCCUAAUUUACAAACACCUAAAUAAUCAUUCAAAAUUUAGAUGACAAUUGCAACAAUCAAAUACAUCAAAUCACAAAGAUAAAAUCUAUAAAAAAUACUUUCACUACAUCAUCACUAUUCGAAACCUACUUUCCCUUAUCAUAGAGAUAAUCUAGCUUCAUAAUCAAAGAGUUUUCUGUUGAUGGAGACACACUAACUGACUCCAGUUACGCUAUAUUACAAGGUGCUCUUGAUGUAUUGUUGCAAGACUUGACUAUUCAAAACAGUGUCACUUAUGGAGGAACAAAACUAUUUCAAUUGCCUCUAUUUGUUAUUAAGAACUUCUACUUCCUAGAUAAUAGUCUAUAAAGUGAUGAGAAUAGAGUAAUCACAAAUCUAAUAAAUAUCGUAUAUUCUGAUUUGGAUUCUAUCACUUCAAACAUCUUAACUUUUGACAAUAUCAAAUUUGAGAAUAAUUACUAUGUUGGUAGUAAGGGUUUCAUAGAAAUAAUUCAAAGCAGUAACUUUAGAUUGUUGGAACUGUAAAUUACUGAUAUUACAUUGAUCAAAAAUGAUAUGAUAUUAGAUAGGACAACUGCUUAGAGUGCCAUUACUCUAGAAAACUCUACAAUUUACUUGGAUGUAACAGAAUUACAAUUGAAAAAUGUACUUGUUAAGAGAAAUCUAAAUUUGCCUGAAUUCACUAUAAAGAAUGCCAACAAGGUUACCAUAACCAAAUUCACAGGAUAGUUGAUUAAAUAAUUUAACAUACUCCAUCCUUCAAAAUCCUGUCUAUCUUCUGUAGAUGAAGUCCGACAAACAACUAUGUUGUUCUUCUUUAAUAUCCUGAACAUAGAAAUGUCGAAUAUCUUUUUGUCCAAUCUUACAUCUAUAAAUUUACCUUUGAUUUUAAUAAAAUCAAUUGAAAAGUAAAACAAAAGACAAUUAGAAAAUAUCACUCUAUAAAAUUGUUAAUUUACAGAGAAUAUUCUUCUAAUUACCAAAACGUCAGAGUAGUAAGGAGUAUUAGCCAUAAUAUCUGAACAAGAACAAACUAUCGUAUUUUCGAAAAUACAGUCAGAAAGGAAUAUACAACAUAGUUAUAUCGAAGACAUAGCCUUUAUUUCUUCCUCGACAAUUUUAUUAAUCACUCCAUAUUCAAAUGUAGAGAUGAGGGAUUCAUUAUUUUAAAAGAAUAUCGUUACAAAUGGAGAGAAUUCCAAUUUAAUUUUGGUUGGUAAAUAAGUGUCAUUGCUGGAUACGUAGUUUAUAAAUCAGAAUAAUAUAGAGUUUGAGUCCUUUGCGAAAAAUUUAAAUUGGGGAUUCUCAAAUACUGAUUAAGUGUACUUAGAAAAUUUGAUGGCUUCAUUUCCAAUCUAUUCCAAAGGAGGAGCUGGAUACAUCAAAGGUUCAGAACUCUUAUUGGAUAACGUGUAUGUGAACAACACUCAAGCAUUAUUUGGAGGAGGUUUCUAUUUAAUACCAUAAUCUUUGGGUUCGUUGAAGUUGAUAAACUCUUAAUUUUUAAAUUGCAAGACAGUAACAUCAAAUUCAGAGAGAUCUCAGGGAGGCACUUUAUAUGUGGACUCUUCCUAAUCAUAGUUGGAUCUCUUAAUAAAGAACACUACAGUAACUAAUUCAUAUAGUCGAAAUGAAGGAGGAUGCAUUUAUAUUGAACCAUCUAGAGUGACUAGUUCCAUCAAAUUUUAAGAUUUUACAAUUUAGAACAUCUAUUCCUUGUUGACUCCUUUCUUGAGAAUACCUGUAAGUUUCACCAGUUCUUCGCUAAUACUGAAGAUUUAAUUUUCUAAUGUCCAAAUCACUAAUGCUUACAGUGGGUAUUUAGGUUAUUUAGAGGAAAUUGUGAAUUUGAAACAAACUGAAAUAUAGAAUCAAAAAAAUAACUAUUUGAUCUCCAUAGAUUAAGCAAAUGUUUCAAUGCAAAAUUGUUUGUAUAAGAAUAUCUUUAAUUAUGGUUUGUUGAAUUGUCAAGAUUGCCAAUAAGUACUAUUUACAAAUGUCGAGGUCAAAAAUUUCACAAUGUUAUCAGAAGCAAUCAUGAACAUCAUACUGAAUAAAAAGUAUUAAAGUGCAAUUUCAUUUAUCGAGAUCGCUGUGGAGAAUGUAGUAGAAUUUAAUGGGGUAGUAAGUAUUCCAAAUGAAAAGGAAGAGAUUCUUGUCAAUACGGUUUAUAAAUGUUAUUCGAACUAUCAGAUUCCUAAGACUAUAGAUACAUUUUAUACUGAAUAGAGGAAAAAAAUACUCUCGCUCCAUAAUUUCUAUGAGAUAAUUAAUGGGAAAUAGCCCUUGAUUACAAUUCUGAAGAUAGAUUAAGUGUCUAUAUUGCAUUAUCUAUAAUUUUUGAAUUUCAAUAUGGAGCAGAAUUAUUGUUCAAGUUGUGAAAACAGCAUCUUUCAAAUUACUAAUAUUGACAAGGCAGACUAAAAAAAUUUGAUUUACAUCACAGAUUCUACAUUCAAAAACAAUACAUGUGGUAAAUUUGGCUGUGUUGUGGUAUCAUAGAAGGAUGCAAAAUCAUUUCAAACAUAAAAUUCAAAUCGAAUUUUAGCAUCUGAUUCAGUGAUUGGUAAUAUCAAUGCAGAAGUCAAAAUUUUAGACACUGUUUUCAUAGAGAAUACAGCAACAUAUGGCGGAGCUUUGUUGAUCUCCUAAAUCAAUACCUUAAUCAACAAUUGUAUUUUUAAUCAAAAUGCAGCAAUGUAAUCUGGAGGAGCCAUCUAUUAUUAACAUUCUCAUGAUUCCUAAUUACAUCUAUAUAAUUCCUUGAUCACGUACAAUAGUGCCAACGUUGGAGGGGGAUUGUACAUGGGGAAGUAUCAGAUGAAUGAUCCCAAGACCUUGAAUAAUUAUUUGAGAAAUAAUAAGGCCAAGAGUUUUGGAGACAAUAUGGCUGACAAUCCUUCUUAAUUGACUGCACAAGUAGGAACCUAAUUGCUGUUAACUAAGAGAAUCAUUAAUAAUAAUCAAUAAAUUAUAGACCAAAUCUCUUUCAGUAAUUACACUAUAGGUUCAUAGAAUUACAAUUACAUUAUGGUUCCAAGUGGACAGAUAAUAUCCUCGUAUAAAUUCUUUGAUGAAAAUUCUUAAAGCUUUAUCAACUACAAUUUCAGUUUAAGAAUAGUCCCUUUGAAUAAACAAUAUGACAGAAUCAAAAACCUAACUGGAACUGAAUGCACUAUUAAAAGUCGUGAAAUCUUAGAUUCAAAAGAAGGGGAAUUCAAUUCAAGUCUAAUAAAUUUGAAGAGUGUCACUUUCAAUUAGACUUCCUAAGAUUACAAUUUGGAUUCUCUUAUUGUUUACUUCAAUCCAGAUUAGAAUACAAAAGGGUAUUUGCAAUUAGAGAUCUCUUGCAAUUCAGUCUAAAUUAGUAUGUAUUCGUCAGAACCUCCUUAUAAAUUCUCUUCUUUUCUUACUAAUUAUUCUCUAAGAAUCGACUUAUAAGCAUUCCCUUGUCAAAGAGGAGAGUACAAAAAACCAGAUGGCACUUGUGUUCUGUGUGAUGCUCAAUUUGAUCAGUAUAAUAUACAGGCAGGAGAGUAGUGUUAGAUUAAGAACUAAUUGACUAUGGAUGAAGUGAAUGCAGCAAGAGUCAAACUAAAACCAUUUUAUUGGAGACCUUAUGAAUACAGUCAUACUAUUGAAUACUGUUAGAAUUUACCUGAGAAUUGUGUGGGUGGUUGGAAUCCUGGGAAUGAUCUGUGUAUUAGUGCACAUAUUGGUGCCCUCUGUGAAUAAUGUGACAUCUAUAAUGUAAGAGGAAGUGGGAAGUUCUCUACAAGCGCUUUAUACAAAUGUGGAAGUUGUGAAAAUAUAGGCGACAACACCAUUAAGAUUGGGCUUAUCAGUUUAUGGACCAUGAUCUCAAUUUUAAUCUCAGUCAAAGGCACUGUUGAUACAGCAAAUAAGAUAGACCAUGAGAAUAAAUUAUCUAAAUUGAGAAUCUCUGCCAAGAAUCCAAAGGCAGGUUUUGGUGGAGUGUUAAUCAAAGUGUUGACCAACUAUCUUCAAAUUGUUGGAGCCAUAUCAACAUUCUAAUUGUAAUUACCAAGUGUUUUGCAAUCGAGUAUUCGAUCUGUGAGCAAUCCUGUUGAAUCAAUGAGUUUUUCAUUGGAUUGUUUCUUGAUCACCAUAUCAAACAUCAACAUCAUAUACUUUAGAAUGAUCUGGGCUCUCAUUAUGCCUGUCAUAUACAUUAUCAGCUUUUUAGUUCUAUAUACUAUCGCAGUUGUGAUCAAUAUCACUAAGGCCGAUAAAAGUGCUAUUACAACAAGUGCCAUAUAUCUAUUCACAUAUUUAUAGCCUACACUCUUGGGAGGGUUCAUUUCCUUAUUGUCAUUUAGGAAGAUCUCAGACAUCUAUUGGAUUCAAGGGAAUGUAGCCUACAGAUAUGAUACUCAAACCCACUUUAAUUGGAUGAUAACUUUUCUUUUGCCUGCUACUCUUUGUCUUUCUCUAGUGAUCCCAAUUUAUAUGUUUUUGAGUCUAUAUAAGAGAAGAGAAAAGCUGGCAGACGGAGAGACCAGAAGAAUUUGGGGUUACUUGUAUAAUGAAUAUUCCCAGAAGGCCUAUUUUUGGGAGAUCGUCAAGAUUCUGGAAAAGGGAUUUAUGAUUGUCUUCUUGACUUUUUACGAGGACUUGAUCAUCAUUAAGGCAGCCAUGAUCUUCAUUAUAACCUUCCUCUAUUCAAUAUUGACUAAGAACUUUAAGCCUUACAAAUUACAAUAUUUGAAUUUCAUCGAUGAGAUCAGUACAUUAGUUUGUGAAACUUCAAUUGUACUAGGAAUGACUAUCUAUUCAGCUUCAAAUUCAGAUAAUCAGGAAAUAAUUUGGCCUUUCUACAUCAUUUUGAUAAGCAUCAAUACAAUCUUUAUCGUCAUCAUCCUUUGGGAAAUCGUACUUGCAUAAUUGGAGGAUUAACAAGAGAACAUAGACAAGGUUAGGGAGAAGGUUAAUUAGAAAUACCCAGAAUUAUAAAAAAAGAAUUGGCUUUUCCGUAGAUUACUUACAAAUAGGGGACAGCAGUAAAAGAGAGUGAGAGAGAGAUUUUAGAAGAUCAGACAAUACUUAAUGAAAAUAGUAAGGGCUAAUCCAGGAAGAUAUAAGAUGCCAAGUCUUUAAAUAUUUGAUGUUAUUUCGAAUGAAAAAAACAAAGAUUAGAAUGUAAUGGGGUAUUUAUCAUAUUAGAACUCUCCAUCAGCUUCAGACAAGAGAGAUACCUAAAAUUAUAUUGAUUAAAUAAGCAAGGCAAAGGUCUACCCAGAAUUUAUCAUUAUUGAUAAGGUAGAAUCGGAUUAAUGA